AUGGCCCGCCAUUUCAUGACCUGCGCGGCCCUCCUGGUCGCUGCCGUCAAUGCGGACAUGUAUCUCCAGAACAUGCGCGGCAGCAACAAUCGUCUGGAUGAGGCUCGUCGUGAUCGCAACAACGCUAACCGACUGUUUGACUCGCAGAACAACAACCGCGGUGGCUACAACGUUGGCUCACUCUACUACUACGUGGGAGAGAGCAUGCCCCUGGAAUGGACCAACCAGCACGCAUGUGGCAACGAAUGGAACCACUGUGAAAUUGUGAUCCAGUAUAUGUGCAAUGACAACGUCCGUGAUGGUGUCACCACCGCUACCAUCCCAGUGCAGCCCUCCAACUGUCUGAACAACGAUUGUAACACAGAUGUACGAUUUGGUAUGCAUGAGGAUUACGAUUAUUACACCAACUGCCGCUACCGCUUCCGUAACAAGGGUCUCUUUACCUCGGAUCGCAACCUCAACGGCCAAACUGCCAUUUACACGCGCCAAAACAAUAACGGAGCCCGCCGUGGUUACGAAUGUCCCGAAGAGCGCGACCACUACCCCUACUGGCAUCCCACCCCUUGGAUCGAUCUUGCCAUCCUGACAAACAACGUCUCAAAGUGCGACUACUAUCGUGCCGAGUCGGAGAACGUCUUGGGUCGUCACUUUUGCUCUCUCCCCGACUCGUGGUACCAUCACAUGGUCAGCCAGGGAGGCAACGGUCGCUCGGGCUUUAUUCCCAACACUGAGGCCCUGUGCCUUGCGCUCAACAACGAAGACACCCCCAUGGUAACUUUCCUCAAGGCUGAAAUUAGUGCCGAACACGAAGCUCUCCAAGCCGCCGCCCGUGCCGAGUUUUUGGCCUGUGAAACCGCUUUUGCUGAUUGUGGCUCAACCAACAACCCUGCGACUUGCGUCGCGGCUCUCCCCAUCAUCACCGAGGAUGAGCUGGAUGAGACUUGCCCGCCUUGCCCGGAUGGCGAGCGACUGCACCCCGAUGACCCUUGCGGCUCGUGCAUCCCCGCCUCGUGCUAUGAUAGCCUGCAGGCCAUCAACUUCACGGCCUACCCCGAGUCGGGCUGUCCCGAUGGCUUUCAGCGCGAUGAGUUUAAUACCCUCAAAUGCAUCCGCACCCUGGGCUGUGACAUUGACCAAACGUCGUAUGCCACUCGCGCUCAGACCGACGCCUGCCGAACCGAGGCUCUGGAUGGCGUCCACCUCGUGUCAGACGGCGUCUGUGUUCAACGCGACGUUCUCGCCGUCGAGUGUCUCGAGCAGUCCCUGCCCACCGCCUCGUGGACCCAGGCUCAGUCGCACGCCCAGGCCUUCCCCGACGUGGGCAUCACCGCCCCCCGCUGCCUGGCUAACCCCUGGUCGCGCGUGAACCACCUUGGUAACGGCAUGGGCGGCUUUACCAACGGCUUCAACUUCACCAUGCCCGACAACGUCAACGAGCGCUGUGCCAUGCGUGUUCGCUAUAAUAUCACCACUGGCGACUACAACGGCGCCGAUCCUCACAACUCGUCUGAAGUCAACAGCUCGCUCAACAAGAACAACGGCAAUAACCCCUCCAAGGUCAACAUCCGCGCCUCGUAUAACAUUGACCUCGUCGAUUCCGAGGUCCCCUACGAGAAUCAGCGCGGCUACUAUCUGGAGCAGAACCCCCAGGUGCAGAUUUUUGACUACUACAAGUUUUUGCAAUUUUGCCCCUCGGCCGACCUCGCUGUGCCCAACGAUCCCACUCGCUGCUACACCAGCACCGCCCAGACUGCGACGCAGCAGGCCCAGGGCGUAUACUGCCCCUACCCCUACCACACGCUGAGCCCCCAGCACGGCGCAGCUGGUGACAUUGAGUGCCGCGACCCGGAUACGCUCGCCCGCACCAAUCCCUCAAACAACGACGAUGACUUUGAGCUCCAGCUGGCCAUCAACACGGCCCAGUUUGGUCGCACGUUCCAGGACCGAUCCCACCGCUUUGCCAUUCGCCCGCGCGACAACGAACUCACGGAGAAGUGCAAUCUCAUCCACUCCCUCAACGUUCGCGGCAAGCGUGGCAACAUUGUGCAGACCUUCCCCGGCACCGAAUACGACUUUACGCCCAACCGCCUGCACGCCGCCAACGGCGACUGCAUUCACUUCCAAUGGACCGGCUCGAACACAAACCCCAACAAUAACGACGGGCAGGGCCGACAGGGCACCGAUCGCUCCAACAUUGCACUGCAAGAGUAUGUGCGCGGUGAUGGCGGUCGUGGUGUGGAGGGCUACGGUGGCUUUGGCCUCAACGGCGCCACUUGGACGACGAAGCGCAUGGAACCUGGCCUCGAAGGCUACGUCUGGAACGGCGCUCCAACCAUGGGCGAUGUGCAGUGCCCCUCCACCUACCCCUUUAGCCACCCCUCCAGCACCACCAUGUGCUUUAAGUAUGGUACUGGUACCGGUGAUGUCUGCCACUCCAUGCCUCGUGGCUCUACCGUCUCGGAAGAUGGCGAGGUGACGCUCAAUGAGUGCCCCGUCCUGUACUCGACCGACCCCGUGGAUGAGACUCGCUGCAUGGUCACUUCGUGCGUCAACGGCGGCUCCAACACGAUGAUUGCUCGUGUUACCAACUGGCGUCUCUUUGAGGCGUCGGCCAACCCUACCAACUUGGCGUCAUUGCUCACCACCAUUGGCAUGUCCGACGUUCGUCUCGACCUGCCCUCAGUCUCAUCGAUGGAGCAGAUUGGAACACCCGAAGGCGAGCUCCGCGGCCUCUGGGGCACUUCUCACCCCGAGCAUCUGGAUAACGUCACCGCUUGGGGCUUUAUGGGCAUGACCUACGAUCAGCUCGUGAACCUCGCUACCUUGCAAAACGUUCAGCUGGGUGGUGAAAUGUCCGAGUUGGACGAUGCCGGUACCUACUAUAACAUGGAGCCUCACAAGAUCAAUGGCGCUGGCACCUACAACUACAUGUGCACGCGCAACAACAACUUUAGCAACCGCUCCCAAAAGGGCCGCAUCAUUGUCUCGGAUGGCCCCGUCGCCACGGAGCCCAUUGACGAGCAGGGCGGUGCCAUCACUCUCAGUCUCUCUGAGCGCUACCAGGGCGCGGCUUCCACGCAGCAAAAGGAAAUUGGCAUGGCCGAUGUCUGGCUCCAAGCGCCCGCGGGCUCGCUCGAGUCGCGCACCGAAGUCAGCAUGCGCGUCUGGGCCUCUGUGGGCACUGUUGGUCUGGAUAAUGGCGCCUCGGAUGUCGUGGAGCUUGGUCCCUCCAAUCUGGCGGCCAUGCGCCGCUUUUCAGGUGUCUUCCUGACACCCACUGAUGGUGCCACUCGUCGUCGCGCCGCCGUGUCGGGUGAAUUCUGGGUCGACUUUGCCAUCAUUAACGCCACCGCCGUGCAGGUGGACAUUACCAACGAUGGCUUGGCUUACUGGCGUCUGGUCAAGGAGUUUUCAGGUGAAAAUCCUUCCGUCACCGUGGCUUUCAGCACCGCUGACGAUGGCGAGUUGGGUCGCCUAACCACGCGCGUUAAUGGCAACAACGCUAUUUCCGCUGUCUGGACCUCAAUCUCCUCCGCUGACAUGCUCAAGGUUGAGGCUGGCGAGGUGUGGGUGACUCUCGUCAUUGAUGGCGUGACCUACUCUGGUCUGCCCGAGGUUGAUGAAUCUACGGGCCUGCCCAUGACUGUGCGCGUUCCCGUGAGCCCGUCUUUGAGCUACGGCAAGGUUUACUUUUGGCCGGCUUCGGAGCCCGCUGCUCGUGCGUGCGUGGUCAACGGCAGCUCUUCCACCUCGUGCAACCUUCUUCGCCAGGAGAUCGACGCCUCCAUUUCGGAUGGUGAGGCUCUGUUCACGGUGGGCGCGUCGCAAACUCAACCCGCUGGUGGCUUUUAUCAAGUCAGCCAGGGCAGCAACUUGGCCCUCAUUGUGGGUGUCACCAUCUCGUGCUUCAUUGUGGCCGUGGCCAUUGUGGGCGGUGCCGUGUACUUCCGCAAGCACCCUGACCAGUGGAGCGGAUUUAAGGCCUGGGGUCCUCGCAAGUACAAGGCCCUGCGUCGCUCGCUGGCCUCUUCCGUCUAAAGCGCUGAUUGCAGAGUGCUGGCGCCUGCGCUGCGCUCACGCGUGUACGGGGCUAGCACUCGAACACUGCUGACUGUUUUUGCGCUGUCAGAACACCUUUUUCUUGUCUCUUCUUUUUUUUUUCCCCCUCAGAAUGAUAAGCUCAGCCCACUUUUUUUUUGCCAGUUGUUAUGUUUUGGGUGGGAGUAAACUCGGUGUGCCUUGCUGGUCGAGGUCUUCCCCGUUUGCGUUGGAGCUUGUACCUCUCAAUUUAUGUGUAUUUUCUGGGA